CAUCAGACAGCCAUGGCAGGACUAAAUAAUGUGAACCUCAAGUUGCUGAUCAUAUUAUUGUUUGGAUUUGUUAAAGUUGGACAAUCUUCAGACUGUGGUGGAACAUUAACCGCCCCCACUGGAACUCUCACAGAUGUAGAUGCCAACAACGAUGGGGAGUAUGAUGCCAGCCUGAACUGCCUAUGGUUCAUCACAGUCGAGGUUAACAAAGUUGUCCGGUUGACAUUCAACGGACCGUUCCAUGUUGAGGGACAGGUUGGAGCUACGUGCUCGUACGAUUACCUAGAGAUUCGCGAUGGUCGUUACAGCUGGUCACCGCUGCUGGGCAAAUUCUGUGGACAUACGCCACCCGCCGAUAUGACCCUUUCCAGCAACCAGGCCUACCUACGCUUCGAAACGGACGGUUCUGUCGAAUAUUCAGGGUUUACUUUGAUCUAUACCUCAGUGGAACAACCAUGUUCAGGUGGGAUGUUCGGCAUGGACUGCACACAGGCUUGUCACUGCGCUACCGAGACGUUCUGUGAUCGAAUAACAGGUCGAUGCGAUAGUAGGCAAUGUGCACAAGGAUAUACUGGGGAUAACUGUCAAGGACAGUGUCUUCACUUGGACUACGGACCAUCAUGCAAUACGACUUGCACAGUAUUAGCUCCUAACAUGAUGCCCCAACGUCUCAAUGUGUCUUCUUAUUCUGCUGACGAUUUAUUCACUCACACAUUAUCAUGGGAACCGGUAAUGUGCCCAGCAGAAGGCUUCAGUAUAGUGAACUACGUGUACAUGUAUGAGGUACUUGGUGGUCAUGACAGCGAUGUUGAACCAGUUGCAGUGGAGGGUACAUCGGUCAACCUUAACUUGUCUCUUUGCACAAGUUAUCAAAUCAAAGUUGCUGCACAAACGAGUAAAGGCAUCGGGAAUUACAGUGAAGAAUCCUACACGACUAAAUCAAUGGUUCCAGAUGCUGUUACAGACUUGACCAUCGGUCGCAUACGGCAUGAUCAAUUACGCGUAUAUUGGAUAGCCCCUGGUACCGACCGUGACAAUCCUUGCUCUGCCACUGACUACCUGGUGACCUAUGAACUCACCAACCUGGAGCAGUGUCAGGAAAGUGAUUAUUUCGGUGGUUCAGUUAUUACUACAGAUACAACCAUCACUUUCGAGGGUCUUCAUCCAUACUCUACAUUCAGGAUCAAUGUCACAUCCAGAAAUGAAGCAGGUGAUGGACCCAUGGAAUACAUUUCAGAAAAUACAACUGAAAGAAGUCUCGGGAUUGCACCUACAUUCAAUAGCAGUAGAGUGACGUCCAGUAGCAUCAACGUCACCUGGAACCCCAUCCCAUGUGGUAGCAGAGGAGUUCGUAUCCUUGGUUAUAGAGUGGAGUUGUCUCGGGAAGGGCGGAGCCGAGCUGGUCAGUCUCGGGAUGUGCAACACCCAUCUGAAUCUGCACAGUUUGACCGAUUAUCCCCAUGUACAUCUUACAGAAUAUAUGUCACUACUUUAAGUAGAGGUGGAGAAACAUCGUUUUACCGUGGAGAAAAAACUGGAACAAUAGCUCCAGAUGCUGUUACUGGCUUGACAAUCAGUCGAAUACGCCAUGAUCAACUGCGAGUAUCAUGGACUUCACCUGGUACAAACCCUGACAAUCCUUGCCUCGCUACUGACUACCUGGUGACCUAUGAACUCACCAAUCUGGAGCAAUGUCAGGAGGUUGAUGAUGCCGGUGUUUCAUCACUGAACACCACCGAUACUUCAGUCAUUAUAGAAGGAUUAGAAGCAUACUCUACAUAUAAGAUCAAUGUUACAUCGAGAAAUGAAGCUGGACACGGAAUUCAGAUAACUAAGUCAAAGAUUACCGGUGAAAAAAGCCCUCAAGCUACGCCUACAUUCGAUAGAAGUGAAGUGACUGCCAGUAGCAUCAGCAUCACCUGGAACCCUAUCCCUUGCGGUAGCAGAGGAGGCAGCAUCACAGGCUACGGAGUUGAGUUGUAUCUAACUGGACACGCCCAACAUCAACAACAGGUGGAUGUAAGAGGCACGUCUGUACGGUUUGUCAACUUGUCUCCAUGUACAUCCUACACCAUUGUAGUAACUACUUUCGGAACAGGCAUAGGCACAUCAUUUGAGCGAGAAGAGACCACAACAACUAUCGAUGGAUAUAGCGUGUUUAAGGACUUCAAAGUUGGCACAAGCAAACUUCAUUGA